AAAGUGCACACGCAUGUGAGGCUAGCCGAUCACUACUAUGCUCAGUCACAGGGCGACAGGAAAAGAAGGCGACACCAUAAAAGGGCGUCUGCACAGCGUCUCUUAAGGCAACAUGCGAAGCUCAACUGACUCCAGUCCGGGCAAAUACUAACUGCUGCUCACAGAGGCUGGGACAAGUUGCUGCUAUAGACUCUGCCCACCACCACUGGAUCUUGAAAUGGCGAACAAUUUUACCGCCCCCUCCCCAACUCCCCAGGGAAAUGGCUGCGACCUCUACACACACCACACCACUGCCAGGAUACUCAUGCCUCUCCAUUACAGCCUCGUCUUCAUCAUCGGGCUGGUGGGGAACUUGUUGGCCUUGGUUGUCAUUGUUCAAAACAGGAAAAAAAUCAACUCUACCACCCUUUACUCAACAAAUUUGGUGAUUUCUGACAUCCUUUUCACCACUGCUUUGCCUACCCGGAUAGCCUACUACGCGCUGGGCUUUGACUGGAAGCUGGGCGACGCCUUGUGCAGGAUAACUGCGCUUGUGUUCUACAUCAACACAUACGCGGGCGUGAACUUCAUGACCUGCCUGAGCAUUGACCGCUUUUUUGCUGUGGUGCAUCCCCUACGCUACAACAAGAUGAAACGAGUCGAAUACGCAAAAGGGGUUUGCAUAUUUGUCUGGAUCCUGGUAUUUGCUCAGACACUCCCACUGCUCAUCAACCCCAUGUCUAAGAGGGAGACGGAGAGGACUACAUGCAUGGAAUACCCCAACUUUGAAAACACGGAGUCCCUUCCCUGGAUUCUGCUUGCUGCGUGUUUCAUAGGAUAUGUGCUUCCGCUCGUCAUCAUUCUCAUCUGCUACUCUCAGAUCUGCUGCAAGCUCUUUAGAACUGCCAAACAAAACCCUCUAAGUGAGAAAUCAGGUGUAAACAAAAAGGCUCUCAACACAAUUAUUUUUAUAAUUGUUGUAUUCGUUCUCUGUUUCACACCUUACCACGUUGCAAUUAUUCAACACAUGAUUAAGAAGCUUCACUUUCAUGAUGUUCUAGAAUGCAGCCAAAAACAUUCAUUUCAGGUGUCCCUGCACUUUACAGUAUGCCUGAUGAACUUUAACUGCUGCAUGGACCCUUUCAUAUAUUUCUUUGCAUGUAAAGGGUACAAGAGGAAGGUCAUGAAGAUGUUGAAACGUCAAGUCAGUGUAUCGCUUUCCAGUGCUGUGAGGUCAGCCCCUGAGGAAAACUCCCGUGAGAUGACAGAGUCACAGAUGAUGAUACACUCCAAGACUUCAAAUGGAAGGUAAAAAGGACUAUGUUGGACCUAAAGCAAACUGCAUGACCAGCUCUGCAGGACUUCUAAGGCAAAAUGAUCAUUCAGCGUCUGACUGGGAUUCCUUUCAGUUCUUUUCACCAGGCACUAUUUCCCACGGUCAGUGUGGAAGUAAACUGAUAGAUGUAUCAGCUCAAGCAAACAUAAAACAAGUUCUGAUUCAUAAAUAAUAUAUCAACAGGGAAGCUUUUUCUUUCUUUCUUUUUUAGUGGCAUUGGUGACUGAAUCCAGGGCCUUGCACCGAGCUACAUCCCCAACCUUUUUUAUUUUUUUUCAAAUUCUGAGUCAGAAUCUCGCUGUGUCACCCAAGUUGAAUGAUCCUCCUGCCUCAGCCUCCCUGAAUGCUGCGAUUACAGUGAUGUACGGCCAUGUCUAGCUAGGAAGCUCUCUUAAUAACACAAUAUAAAAGGAAAGGUUUAUGCUAAUAAAAACUCAAUCAUUUCCUACCAAUAGUUUGGCAAAGGAGAAAAGACUGAUUAGAUUGUACACUGCCCAUGUAAAAAUGUUAAUAUUGUACAGUAUUUUUUGUAAUGUAUUUCUUAAAUCCGUUAUCCUUUCUAUUUUAGAUUUUACCCUUCGGUAACAUUUUGCUUUGUUUUGUUUUGUUCUGAGUCAUAACUGUUUCACUAAACACUUUUGGAAUAAAGAGUAGGAUGCCACAAA